AUGCGCCUCCUCUUCGCGGUUGUCGUCUCAACUUUAUCCUUGAUUGCUUCUGCGUCCCCCGUGUUCCGCGUGGGCAUCACAGUACCCCUCACACGGCAUGUGCGCUUUGCGAAUGGUAAUGGUGUAUCAAAUAUGACGCUGUUGCAUAGCCACCUCGCAGCAGUACAGGGAAAACUUCGAAGAGGCUUCGAGGCGUUUAAGCAGAAUACGGGCACUCAGCAUCCUAGCGACAAUGGUCAUCUUCAUAAGCGGGCUACGGGUGCCGACAAGCUUACUGAUAAUGAAGGCGCACUUUGGCAAGGUGGUAUCUCCGUCGGUAAUCCUGCCAAAGAUUUUACUGGCAGCAGUGACCUCUUCCUACCAGGGACUGAUUGUACUGUGAAUUGUGAAGGACAUACUCUAUAUGACCCUGAUGCAAGUUCGGAGUCCUCCGAUACCGAUACGCCAUUCAGCCUCGCAUUCGGCGAUGAGUCGACUGUUCAAGGGACUGUUUUUAGGGAUACUGGAACAAUAGCUGGCUUAACAGCGAACAAACAAGCAAUUAAUGAUGCCAACCGAUUCUCUGCUGGGUUUGCCAUCGAUGAGCUUCCUCCAGACGGGCUCUUGGGGAUGGCGUUCCCUCAAAUAUCUGUCUUUGGUGAGAACCCCUUCUUCCAAACCUUGGUCGCGCAAGGAACGGUUACUGCGCCCGAAUUCGCAUUCAAAUUGGCUACCUCGGGCUCGGAGCUCUUUUCGGGUGGAGUCAAUGACAAUCUUUUCACAGGCAGUUUUACCGAACUACCUGUUACGACAGCGGGCUUCUGGGAGGUCGAUCUAGACUCGGUCAAUGCGAACGGAGACACUGCUGUGACCGGCUUGUCCGCUAUUAUCGACACCGGCACCACUCUGAUAGUUGGGGAUGCCGAUACCGUUGCACAAUUUUAUGCCUCUGUUCCGGCCCCAUGCGCUUCUGUUCCCAAUGUUAGUUUGACUUUUGGUGGCACUGACUUUCCUAUGUCUGCGGAUACCUUCAACUUAGGUCCACUGUCUGCCCGCUCGUCGCAAUGCGUUGGCGGCAUUGCUGCCGCUGACCUUGGGCCUUUUUGGGUUGUCGGAGACAUUUUCCUCCAGAAUGUUUAUACGUCGUUUGACGUUGGGAACACAAGGGUUGCGUUCGCAACAUUAAGCUGA